ACCCACUGAUCUGAAAACCGAAGUAUCCAUAACCGUGAAAACCAACUGUCGUCGGAUUGUAUUAUGUAAUUGCAAAGAUAUUUUUUAGAGCUUUCGCGGAGACCGUUGAAAGACCUAAUUCUCUACUGUAAACUUCAAUAGCUUAUUUAUAAGUUAUUAUUUCAGAAUUUCAUUACCGGUGACUGUAUUACUACACACCCAACAUGGAUAAAACUACUCGAAAUGCGUGUUUAGAUGACGCUCGCGCAACAGACGAGCAUGUUUGCCAGUACGGACAUGAGAAAUAUCGCCGCCAGAGUUCCCCGCUUAUGUUCGCCGGAGUGUCCAGUCCACCGCCCAUGUAUUCAGAUUCUUCGGAAAGUCAGCAGGAGGAUGAAAUCCCAGCUGGUCUUGGGGGCCCUCCUGCAUCCCUGGAGUCUCAGCUGGAAGAAGCACAGAGGAAGAUCAUCCUAUUACAGCAGGAAAAGAAAGAUGCUCUCCGUAAGCUCAAAGAAGUUUCAAAGAUGAACAGUCGAUGGCAGAAGUACGAUAAGGAGAGGGAGGUCAUCGUGGUGAAGCUUACCACACAAGCUAAGAAAGCAGAGGACACAGUCAAAUGCCUGGAGAUGAAGCUCGCCGAUCAACGUAACAGGAACGAGGAGCUGGAGCUGAGGUGGACAGACGCUCGAGUGCGGGCCGCCGAGCGCAAGUCGGAAGUGGAGAGGAUACAGAGAGAGCACGAGGCUGUCAAGCACGCCCUGAAGCAGUCAGAGAAGAAGCGGCAAGAGAUGGCUAAGGCAUCGUCCAAGGAAGAGGAGACUGAGAGGUGCAGGAGAGAUGCAGGAAAGGACAGAGACUUGUAUCAUAUGAGCAAGAGAGUAGUAGACCUUAAGGAGAGGGUGGAUUUCCUAGAAAAACAAGUGGCCUCUCAUAAAGCUGAUAUGGACCAGCAAGCUGACCUCUAUACUCAACAGAUUUCAAUUUGCCUUGAUGAUUUCAAACAUGAAAAGAAAGACAGGGAACAGAGCCAGAAGGAGAAUGCCGAACUAAAAAAACAACUCAAGAAAGCUGAGGAUUUUGCAAGUUCUCUCAAAGUUCAGAUUACAAGAUAUCAAGAUCAACAAAAGGCCCGGCCUUCUAGGUUCGUCAAGCCUGCUACUCACCAUGUACAGAAAUACUAUGCGAACAUGUAUGAUGAGAAUUUAGACUCUUGGGAUGACGCAGGCUACGCCCUUCCGAGUGAUGUAGUCCGUGAUGAGCCCGACCGGGGGUUAGAGAUGCCGGCCAUCCAACGCCCUAAGACGGUAGCUAUCAUGGAUCCUCCCCCUCAGUACGAUGAUCGCUCAAUAUUGGGACACGUCAUCACAUCUCCUCCAAAAACCUAUCAGAUCGGAAGAGUGGCAACGGCACAGACGAGUCGGCAGGAUGACUUGGUGUUGCAUUGAUCUGUGCAUCUAUUGAAUAUCAUAAAUCCAUGUUAUUUAUUUAUUUGUAUACUCAGGGAUAAACAUUUCAUACUUAGAACUCACUCCUUAAACUGUGGUGUCAGAAAUGCACCACUGAUGUUCACAAAAGACUAUGUCACCAAUGGUGAAAUAUGGGGCUAGGCUAGUUGAACACCCUUCGGUGCUACCAUGACAUAUUUUGGUUUUAUUAAACACUGGUGUUGUGUUAAAUCUCCAGGAAGUAAGUGUAACACCUGUGGUCCUCUUGAAACACUGACCGGUGUUCUUUCCUAACACCUUGGGUGUUGAAUUAAUGGCUUGAUUAUAAAUUGAUAUUAAGGAUAAUUUUAAAGUAGUAUGAUAAAUUUCAAAGGACAUCGAAUGAAUAUAGCCCCCAUCACAACAAUUGUAAAUGAAAUGCAUAUUUGGGAUCACAUCAAUGCCAUUGAAAUACAUCUCCAGUAUUUGCUUUUUUUACAUUCCAACUAUCAAAAGUCGAUUGACUAGAAUGAAAUUUACUUAUUUAGGGCUGAAGUACAAAUUGAUAUUGCAUUCGAAAUAGAAAAAUAUCACUUUCCACCUUGUAUUUUUAUACAUCUUUUAUACAGCAGUACUAAGAGGUUACUUGAAUAAAUUGUUUCAUAUUAUAGUAAUAAAUAGUAUGCCCUUUCACGUUUUUGCUUUUCAGUGGGAGAAGCCAUAAAAGUAUUUCCUACUUGGUGGUAAAAUAUUUCGGCAGUCUGUGUUAAUUUUUUUUUGCUUAAAGUUUUGCAAAUCCACAUUAGUAUUACUGUGAGAUA